AAGUUGGACGCCCGACCCGUGCGAGGGCCGGGUUAGCGCCUGCCCUGCGAGGCGAAGCGAGGGGACCCCCGUGCGGCCAUGGCCACGCUGUUGGGAGCUUAUCCGUGGCCCGACGGGCUCGAGUGCCCGGCCCUGGAAGCCGAGCUGUCGGAUGGGCUGUCGCCGCCGGCCGCCCCCCGCGGGCCGGGGGACAAGGGCUCGGAGAGCCGUAUCCGGCGGCCCAUGAACGCCUUCAUGGUAUGGGCCAAGGACGAGAGGAAACGUCUGGCGGUGCAGAACCCGGACCUGCACAACGCCGAGCUCAGCAAGAUGCUGGGAAAGUCGUGGAAGGCGCUGACGCUGUCCCAGAAGAGGCCCUACGUGGACGAGGCGGAGCGGCUGCGCCUGCAGCACAUGCAGGACUACCCCAACUACAAGUACCGGCCUCGCAGGAAGAAGCAGGCCAAGCGCCUCUGCAAGCGCGUGGACCCGGGCUUCCUCCUGAGCUCCCUUUCCCGGGACCAGAACGCUCUGCCCGAGAAGCGGAGCGGCGGCCGCGGGGCGCUGGGGGAGAAGGAGGACAGGGGUGAGUACUCCCCGGGCUCCGCCCUGCCCAGCCUGCCGGGCUGCUACCACGAGGGGCCAACUGGCGGCGGCGGCACCCCAGGCAGCGUGGACACUUACCCGUACGGGCUGCCCACGCCCCCGGAAAUGUCGCCCCUGGACGUGCUGGAGCCGGAGCAGACCUUCUUCUCCUCCCCUUGCCAGGAGGAGCAUGCGCACUCCCGCCGCAUCUCCCACCUGCCGGGGCCCACUUACUCCCCGGAGUACGCCCCCAGCCCCCUCCACUGCGGCCAUCCCCUGGGCUCCCUGGCCCUCGGCCAGUCCCCGGGCGUCUCUAUGAUGUCCACUGUCCCUGCCUGUCCCCCGUCUCCUGCCUAUUACUCCCCUGCCACCUACCACCCUCUCCACUCCAACCUCCACGCCCACCUGGGCCAACUCUCCCCCCCUCCCGAACACCCCGGCUUUGAUGCCCUGGAUCAGCUGAGCCAGGUGGAACUCCUGGGGGACAUGGAUCGCAAUGAGUUCGACCAGUAUUUGAACACUCCUGGCCACCCAGACUCUGCUGCAGGGGCUGUGGCCCUCAGUGGGCAUGCCCCGGUCUCCCAGGUGACAUCAACAGGCCCCACAGAGACCAGCCUUAUCUCCGUGCUGGCUGAUGCCACAGCCACGUACUACAACAGCUACAGCGUAUCAUAGAGUCGGAGGCAGCCAGCCCAGCCCUGCGUCGCCGCAGCCCUC